AUGGGUGCAGGUGGGAGAAUGCCGGUUCCAACUUCUUCCAAGAAGUCCGAAACCGAUACCCUAAAGCGUGUGCCGUGCGAGACACCGCCGUUCACGCUCGGAGAGCUCAAGAAAGCAAUCCCACCUCAUUGUUUCAAACGCUCGAUCCCUCGUUCUUUCUCCUACCUUAUCACCGACAUCAUCAUAGCCUCCUGCCUCUACUACGUCGCCACCACUUACUUCUCUCUCCUCCCUCAGCCUCUCUCUUACAUCGCCUGGCCUCUCUACUGGGCCUGUCAAGGCUGCGUCUUAACUGGAGUCUGGGUCAUAGCUCACGAGUGCGGCCACCACGCCUUCAGCGACUACCAGUGGCUUGACGACACCGUCGGUCUCAUCUUCCAUUCCUUCCUCCUCGUCCCUUACUUCUCCUGGAAGUACAGUCACCGCCGCCACCAUUCCAACACCGGUUCACUCGAGAGAGACGAAGUGUUCGUCCCCAAACAGAAAUCCGCAAUCAAACCGUACGCCAAAUACCUCAACAACCCUCUCGGACGCACCGUGAUGUUAACCAUCCAGUUCACUCUCGGCUGGCCCUUGUACUUAGCCUUCAACGUCUCCGGCAGACCUUACGACGGAUUCGCUUGCCAUUUCUUCCCUCACGCUCCCAUCUACAACGACCGUGAGCGUCUUCAGAUAUACAUCUCGGACGCUGGUAUUCUCGCCGUCUGUUACGGUCUCUACCGUUACGCGGCUGCGCAGGGAUUGGCCUCGAUGAUCUGCUUCUACGGAGUGCCGCUUCUGAUUGUCAAUUUCUUCCUCGUGUUGAUCACUUUCUUGCAGCACACGCACCCUUCGUUGCCUCACUACGAUUCGUCGGAGUGGGAUUGGUUCAGGGGUGCUUUGGCUACCGUGGACAGAGACUAUGGAAUCUUGAACAAGGUCUUCCACAACAUCACGGACACGCACGUGGCUCACCAUCUGUUCUCGACGAUGCCGCAUUAUCACGCCAUGGAAGCUACGAAGGCGAUAAAGCCGAUACUUGGGGACUAUUACCAGUUCGAUGGAACACCGUGGGUUAUGGCCAUGUGGAGGGAGGCUAAGGAGUGUAUCUAUGUAGAACCAGACAGGGAAGGUGACAAGAAAGGUGUGUACUGGUACAACAAUAAGCUAUGA